UAUGUAAUAUACCAUGUGCCAUGUGCUACGUAAUAUGUACUAUUUGCGUGCGUUUGCGAAUCUUUGCGAACCUUUGCAAACCUUUGCAUAUCACCGCAUGCCCCCUGCAACUGCGCAGAGGCAUUUUUGCUGCACUUACGUAAUAGCACCAAAAUACAGCACCUUUUUUUUUGAAACUAAAAAUGUACUGCCAAAAUAAAUUAGCAAAAAGAUGUAAAAAUGACGAAACAUCGUAGCGCAACAAAGCGUAUUUAUUAUAUAUAUACUUACGUUGCAGCGCUGAACGAAACACAAAAAUAAAAUAACAAACUAACGAACUAAACAAACACCCUCCCUUUUAUUUGUCAUUUUGUUUGUUAUGAUAUAUAUUUUUCCUGCGUGUGAAAAAAGGAAGAUGUGAAAAAAAUAAUUUUUUUUUUAUUUUUUAAAUGUCAAACAAAUUUUAAUUCACAUUGGUUGGCGCAAUUUGCGUGCCAUUGUACAUUAAUUAUUUUUCGUAGUUUUUUUUUUUUUCUUUUUUUUUUUCCUUUUUUGCCAAUUUUACCAUUUUAAAGAUAGCGAGCGGAAUAAUAUAUGCAAUAGCGAAUUCAUUUAUUUAUACUAAAUCGUUUGUACAUACAUGUUGCAUACAACAUUUUAAAACUAAAAAUUCUGUCAAUUUUCGGAGUUUGUGUUACCUUUUUUGUAAGUUAGGUAAAGCAAAAAAAAAAAAAAUAAAUAAAAUAAAAUAACUGUCCUUCAUAUUUGUGCGAACGGAAUUAGAAAAGUACUUCCAACAGUUAAAAAAACGUUAUUUUAAUACUAAGGUGAUUAAUACUAGUAUACUUUCGUAAACUUUUUCAGAAGAUUUGCAUAUUUUAUAUCUAUGCUGAAUUGUUACAUUUCGGAAGCAGCCUAAACGUUAAAAAGAUCGAUUUACAAUUUUACUCCACGUAGAUAGAUAGGUAUAUAUAAAAUACCUGAACAUACGUGUAUAUUAAAAAAAAAAAAUAAAAUAAAAAAAAUGGCUAGCUCUUCGGAGGAGGAUAAGGAAAUAAUUAAUUUGAAGGAUGCCUUCAAUCUGAGCAUUCUAAACAGGGAAAAUACAUUACUAAUUAAUAAUGAAAACGAUGAGUGUUUUCCGCAUGCGAUUCUGAUGGACCGGAAGAGCAUCGAUCUGUUUAAUAUGGAUUUGACGAAGUACCAAAAAAGCGAGUACAAAAGAAUUUUUAAUUUGAACUCACGGCGACUUACUGACGAACCCAAAUUCACGUCUGAACCUUCGGCGAAUGAAAAAUCAUCCGAUUCUGAAGAUACACAAAAAAAAAAAAGAAAGGAGGAUAGCACUUUAAUGCCUCGAAUUCAUACCGUUUUGAGUUUCUUUGUGCCCUUUAUAGGCUGCCUCUCCUAUUUGUUUAGUUUAAAAUAUGACGAAUCUUCGCUCAGACGUAAAUAUGCCAGUCGUGCGCUGUGUGUUGGCAGCGCCUUGAGCGUCAUUUACUCGUUUGCCAUCUGUUCCCUGUUGGGGCACUACGUUUAUCAGUAUAACUCUGAGGACUUCUAUGGAUAUACAUAUUAGUUUGAUGUGUGCAUUUGUGAAUGCGCAUGCAAAAGUGUGUGCACACGGGCGUAAACAGGCGUGUGCAUCAUGCUCGUGGAUCCCACAUUUGAAGCCCAAUAAUUCGUCCUGCGAGCACUCCCUUUUGCACUACUCAAGCGUGGCCCUUUUUUUAGUAGUUUUUUUCAUCGUGAGCGUAUGUAUAUCCGUCGGGGAGGUUCCCUGGGAAGGCGCAGUUGCCAAUUUUAAUUUUAAAUAGGGUUUCAUUUCGUACAUUCUGCUCACUUAGCGUUCUCUGCUCACUCUGCUAUAUUUCGUUUAUUUUGUUUACUCUGCUCAUUUUGCCAUCUUUGCCAUAUUGCUACAUUUUGUUUAUUUGCCCAUCCCCUUUGUUCAUUUCAUUUUAAUUUAACUUAAUUAACCUUCAUUUAUUUCUUUUUAAUUAAUUUAUUUUAAGUACAUUUU